CAAUUCUACAACAUCUGCAAGGACAUUGUGGAAUACCCGAUCCGAUGUAUUUCGGGUUUCUGUAUGGAGAUUCUUGUCAGCACUUUGUGUAUCUAUGAAGAUGGCGGGAUGGAUAGAGGAAAGGAUGCAGAUAUGAAGGAUGAAGAUAUGAAGUGCUAAGGAACACAGCAGGAUGCGACAAUUGAUGAGAUUGAAAUGGUAUGAGUGACGGAUCUAUUUAUUUUAUCAUUGAGAAGUCUCUCAAACUUUGGGGGACACGGCCGAUAUGACCGCUUCAUCCCUUCAAAUCUAGGCUUUUGAUUGGUCUGUUAGCAAUCUCCGACCUCCGAUGCUCCCCAAAAGCUGCCCAAAAAUUAUCCGAAGCUGGUUGAUGCUGAUGCUUCAACCCACGUAAACUUCUCCAAAGAUGGUAUCGAAAUGAUGUUUCCAGAUCUUCCUCUCAAAAGUUAACAACUAUCUACUUUACACUCUUUAUUGUUUACUUCUAUCCCAUCAGCGACGCCUCUUCUAUUCACUUGUUUUGCUUUAUCCUCAAUCUGCCACAUUUCCACCGCGAGCUUGGAAACUUUCACCUUUAUCUUCACUUCAGUAGGACCGCAGAGCACAAAACCUCAAAAUCUCAAUACCGGCGACAAGAGCAAUGGUGCGAACCAAGAUGGUAGGCCGCAAAGGGCCCAUCGGAAAAGAAUACAGAGAUAAUCAAAAGCGCAAACGCGAAGUAGCAGAGAGCGCAUGCAAAGACAAAGGAAAUUUCCCCUCCACCUUCCAAGAUCAAGAUCGCCCCUCCAAAAAACCAAAACCUACCGCCACCACUCUCCAAACAACCUGCCAAAAAGCUCGGUCUACGACCUCCGCCCCUCAAGCUCAACCACAAAAUGUCAUUUUCCCCUCCGUCCCUGUCGCCGUAGCUCCCGUCAACGCUCACGCGCAGCGCCAAAUCCCUGCUCCUCACGACCUAACUCGCACCCAUCAAACAACUCAGAUGUCCAUCCUCUCGUCCUCGCAGAUCCAAAAGAAGGCUUCUCAUGUCCUCUCCAUUCUCAGUACCUUCUCUUUUUCUGAUCCAACACCUCACGUCGUGCUUUUGUCUGCCAAAGCACCUGUUGCAUGCAAACUCAUUUCGAUUGCAGAGAUAGUGAAGCGGGAAUUGGCAAAGAGUGGCGCAAAAUGGUUUCAAUAUAACGUUGUUGGAGAGCUGAGUACUACUAUUCCGAGGAGCUAUACAGAAAUCGGGAAGGACGAGAACGAGAACGAGAAGGAAGGAGAGGAGGAAGGAGAUGUAGAGAUGAAGGACGACGGCGAGGAAGAAGCUUUUGAAGUUAUGAAAACACCUUUUGAACGAGCACUUGAAGCUGAGGAAAGACCCAAGAUUCGAGGUGUAGCUACGCUAAGUCUCUACCUGUCUCGAGUUAGGAUCGAGAGUUUGAAAAAGAUUUAUGGGUAUGCAUAACCACAUCAUCUGGACUGCUUUUGGCGUGGCAUAGGUACUAAUUGAGGAUAUACAGAGAGCAAACCAAUGCUUUGACCUGAUCAAGUUCAGUUUAUGGCUAAGAGAGAAGGAUGGAUGUAUUGUGCUAUGAGGAUGGAUUCAUGGAAUGGAUGGAAUGGAUGGAACGGAAUUAAAACGGAACAUGGCGUUUUCGGGUUGAAGGCAACUAUUCAUGGAUGGACAUACCCAAUACUUGCUUUUAAGGGUGGCAAGAUGGUAGCGAUUUCAGCGGAGUUUCAUGCAACUAGCGAUGUACCAAUACAUGAAAUGGCAGCUUUAGCUCAGCUUCCUAAUUUCAAACUCAAAUGUGCAUACAUAUAUGUGCUGUGCUGGCUAAGCUAGUUAUCACUAUUAGUGAUGUAUUACGCCUGAAUUUCCCAAUCUAAAUACACUCGCUCUCGGCUCAAUGGCUAACCACAUUUUCCCUCCGAGAGCCCAAUAUACAUGCUUUGGAUGUAUCGCAUCCACGAAAUCACUAGCAGUAAACGGACUCGUUGACUCCAUAAUGUUAUGAUUAUGCCUCCUUUCUCGAUUUCGACAUCCCUUCCUCUUCCUCCUGCACAAACAUCCUCCACUCUCAUCCAUUAUCACCUUCCGAUAU